GGCUGCGCAGUGGGCGCCGCGCCCUCCCCGCGACGCUGGUGGCGUAAGCGCGGGCCGGGGCGACGCUGCGAGACGGGCGAGCCGGGCGCCCGCGCGGCGGGGACGGCCCGCGCCCAACAUGCGGAGGCCGGCGGUGCGGGAGCGGGGGCUCGAGCGGGCGCCGGAGCUGGAACGAGAUCGGGACCCGGAGCGGCGGCCCGUGCCGCGCUGCUGAAGGAGCCUGGGCCACCCAGCUCGGCCGGCCGGUCGCGGGGCCACGGCGGAGGCGGAGAGGUCCAGCUGCUCACAUUGACCCCUUUCUCCAGGCUCAGAUGCCUUCACUGACCCCUCAGCUCCCGACCCAGCUGGGAGCCACGAGAUUUGAGGCAGCAGGACCUAUCAGCAGAAUGUGUCCUCUCCCUGCGUGCGACCCUGAGGCCACCGAGAGGAGUGCUGCGGCCUGGCCCUUGCGAGCACCCACGUCUCACUAGCCAGGAGUCCGCCAGGUGCCAUGGUGUUCUAGCCCCGAAGAGCCGCCUGCGACCUCAGGUCUCCACAGACCCGGGAUUUGUACAGCAGCAGAGUCACCGUGGAGAGGCCAGGGUACCACAAACUUAUGGAUUUUGACAAGAAAGGAGGGAAAGGGGAGUCGGAGGAGGGCCGGAGAAUGUCCAAGGCUGGCGGCCGGACCAGCCACAGCGUCCGGAGCACGGGGACCAGUUCUGGGGUCCUGAUGGUGGGCCCCAACUUCCGGGUCGGGAAGAAGAUAGGCUGUGGCAACUUCGGGGAGCUCCGGCUAGGAAAGAAUCUCUAUACAAAUGAAUAUGUAGCUAUCAAAUUGGAGCCCAUCAAGUCCCGGGCACCGCAGCUGCACCUAGAGUACCGCUUCUACAAGCAGCUCAGCACCGCAGGUACCCAGAUGGGGACAGUGGGGCAGCGUGGGUCUGGUGUGGGGGGCAGUCGGGGCAGUGGGUGCCUGCUGCGGGCCCCUGUAGGCAUCUGUGUGUGCUUGCCCUCAGAGGGUGUCCCUCAGGUCUACUACUUCGGCCCGUGCGGGAAGUACAACGCCAUGGUGCUGGAGCUGCUCGGGCCCAGCCUGGAGGACCUGUUCGACCUGUGCGACCGCACGUUCACACUCAAGACCGUGCUCAUGAUCGCCAUUCAGCUGAUCACCCGCAUGGAGUAUGUGCACACCAAGAGCCUCAUCUACCGUGACGUGAAGCCAGAGAACUUCCUGGUGGGGCGGCCAGGCAGCAAGCGGCAGCACGCCAUCCACAUCAUCGACUUCGGCCUGGCCAAGGAGUACAUUGACCCCGAGACCAAGAAGCACAUCCCAUACCGCGAGCACAAAAGCCUGACAGGCACAGCACGCUACAUGAGCAUCAACACGCACCUAGGCAAGGAGCAGAGCCGCCGUGACGAUCUGGAGGCGCUGGGCCACAUGUUCAUGUACUUCCUGCGUGGCAGCCUGCCCUGGCAGGGGCUCAAGGCGGACACACUCAAGGAGCGCUACCAGAAGAUUGGGGACACCAAGCGGGCCACGCCCAUCGAGGUGCUCUGCGAGAGCUUCCCAGAGGAGAUGGCCACAUACCUGCGCUACGUGCGGCGCCUGGACUUUUUUGAGAAGCCCGACUACGACUACCUGCGUAAGCUCUUCACUGACCUCUUUGACCGCAGCGGCUUCGUGUUUGACUAUGAAUACGACUGGGCGGGGAAGCCCCUGCCAACGCCCAUCGGCACAGUCCACACCGACCUGCCUGCGCAGACUCAGCCUAGGGACAAAGCCCAGCUGUACAGCAAAAACCAGGCGCUGAACUCUACCAACGGGGAGCUGAAUACGGAUGACCCCACCGCCGGUCACUCCAAUGCCCCCAUCACAGCGCCCGCAGAGGUAGAGGUGGCAGAUGACACCAAGUGCUGCUGUUUCUUCAAGAGGAGAAAGAGGAAAUCGCUGCAGAGACACAAGUGACCCUGGCGGUGGCGCCCCAUACCCUUCUGCUGCAGCUCCUGGGGGAGCUUGUCCGGGUGACCCACAGCCAGGACAUAGACUGUGGCCCCAAGCUGCCCGCCCCACGUGGGUUAUUUCCUUCACAUAAGACUUUGGCCGAAAUUUCUACACCUGUGUCUAGUCCUCCCUUCCAAGAGCAUUAACUAUUUAAAACAAGGAAAAGAAAACUGCGGCCGCCCUCCCUGCGCCCCUCCUGCCAUGUCUGCUGAAGUGAGUAGUGUGACCUGGAGGCGCCGGCGACCCGUGCCGUCAGCCCACCAGCCCUGUUAGUGUCAUAAAGUCCAGCUUGUCUCCCUCUAUCCAAAGGCCGUUUUCUCAAGGGGGAGCUGUGGGGCGUGGCUGCCAGGGGUGUGCCCACCGUGGGCCUCCCCAAAUCAAACGGGAAGAUGGGGUGGGGCGGCACCCCAACCAAAACGCUGCACCAAAGCUCAGACGGCAGGCCCACAGGUGUUCUUGCGCACCUGCUCCUGGCGCCUGGGGUGGCCACUCAUGUGGCCAAGUGGGCCAGGGCUCUGCCUGGCGUUGGGGCUUCUGGUGUCCACGCCCAGUGCCGCUGAGCCACAGGAGACAAGCGCCUUAAAGCCCUGUCUCAGCCCACAGGUGCGGCAGGGGCCGGGCAGCCACGUGUGGGCAGCCAGAGCCGCUGGGGCAUUGGCAGCGGCGUGUGCAUCUAGGUGUUGCUUUACAAAGUGUACAGAAAUGGCACUUCGUUUCUCUGAUGCUUCCUGGAAGCCAUAGAACUUAGGGGCUUUUUUAAAAAAAUAAAAGAAAACGAAACCA